AAGUCAUUUGACAGCUCUAGCAGAAAAACAAUUCUAAGUUUUCUGAAAACACUAAUCAAUAGGCGAAUGUAAAUUUGUUAUCAGAUGCCGCAAAAGUUCAUUGAUAAUUCUUAAUAACGUUAAAUACACAUUAGCGGAUAAACUUUUUGAGUAGUUUGGACCUUAAUCCUAGUUAGUAAGUGGAGUACAUCCAAAGGUCAAUUGCCAACAAAAUUAAACAAAUCAACUUAAAUAAAAGGGAAAAAAUAAACAAAUAAAAUUGUUUGUUCAGGGCUUACAAAAAGUUUUGCAUCAAUUAUGCGACUUGCAAUUGUUCCUUCCAAAGAAGAAGAAUUUUCAUGCCUUAAUAAGCAAAGGAUGGAUUUUAAAGAGGACUCGAGCCGGCGUUAUCGGCAUGCCGGUGAUUUAACGGGCGAACCACCAACUCGUGAGUUUUCGGAAAUUACAAUACCUGUUCCAUGGGGUCAUUUAUCCGGUAAAUGGUAUGGCCCGCAAGAUGUUCAACCCAUACUCGGCCUGCAUGGUUGGCAAGAUAAUGCAGGAACAUUUGAUUUGCUUGUGCCACUCUUAUCACCGGACGUGGCUUUUCUUUCUAUAGACUUACCCGGUCAUGGGCUCUCUUCUCGUUUGCCAGAUGGUUGUUACUACAACGUUACCGACAACCUAUACGUGAUAUUAAUUAUAAUGAAGCAAUAUAAGUGGUCAAAAGUUUCUAUUGUCGGCCAUUCUAUGAGUUCAAUCAUUGGAUUCGUGUUCGCUGCAAUUUUUCCUGACAAAGUCAAUAUGGUGAUCGGUUUAGAUGCAUUGAAACCACACCAAAGACCGCCCACCAACACAAUACGUACAAUGGAAACGAGAAUGGAUGAAUUUUUGAAAGAGGAUGAACGUAACCAAUCGAAAGAAGAACCGCCAAGCUAUUCAUAUGAAGAACUUAUUGAAAGAAUUUUCAUUGGCACAUUCCAUUCCAUUAAUAAAGACCUCUGUAAACAUAUGCUGGCACGUAACAUCAAAAAAUCGGAAAAAUAUCCAGAAAAAUAUUUUUUUAGCCGUGAUCGUCGCUUGAAGUUUUACAAUUAUAUGGUUGGUUCACAGGAACUUUGCAUCGAAAUGGCUAAACGUAUAGAGUGCCCUUAUUUGUUUGUUAAGGCGCGACAAUCCAGUUAUUUCGAAGAUAAAAAGUAUUAUGAUGAAGUACUAGCAAUCUUGCAAAGCAAGUCGAAUUUUGAAUACUUAGAGGUUGCUGGUUCACAUCACGUCCACAUGAAUAACCCGGAACGCAUUAGUAGUCAUAUUAAUGACUUCUUAAAACGUUUUGGUCCAGUGUCUAAGCGCAGUUCGAGCAAAUUGUGAACUAAAAUUAUAUACAUUUACAUUUUUAUUAUCUUUUAAUAGUCGGACGUUGAUAUAAAUAGCGCAAUUUAUAUGUGUAUAUAUGUAUAUGUAAUACAUACUGUACACGUUUCUGUAAUUACUUGUAAAUAGCAAAGGUUAAGUGAACAAAAAUCAAUACAAUGUCAAGCAUUUCCCAAUUUAAAUAUUAAAUUAUAGCUCACAUGAUUAGA